AUAUAUUUAUAUAUAGGGAGCUGUCUGUCUGUCUCUCUCUCUCUCUUGGUAUGUGGAGGAAUACGUAUACAUAAUAUACACACAUAUAUUUAUACAUCAUAUAUGUAUGUAUAUACACAGAUUCGCCGCCCUGCCGUCGUUGAUCCUGUCCAAAGGAAGAAAUAGAAUUAACCAGACUCCUAUUUGUAUCUUGAAACUCAGAAACUGGUUUUGGCUGUGACAAAAAAGAAAAAGAAAGAAAGAAGGAUCAUAUUUACCCCCAAAGUGGGUGUUAUCUGUUACUUUCAUCCUCAUUGUCAUCAUCGUCUUCAUCAUCGUCAUCGGCAGUAAUCCGUCUGCUUUUCAAAAUUCCCGCCAAAACGACGUUUAAAUCUUAACAAGCCGUUCCUGUGAUUCUUUUAAACUGUUCUGACAGCAACGAGUUUGCAAAGUUCUUGUUACAAAGUCUGUUGACAUUUGCUUGUCCGAUUUUGAAAUUUGAAAUUCAAACCCUCCAAUUUAAUGAAAUGACAAAACGUCGUCGAAAAUAAACGCCAACAAAACACCAAACAAAAAAAAUUUUUUUUUAAAGAACCGAACUGCAAAACACCCAAAAAGUUGGUCAAACUCCAAAAUAACAUUAACUGUCUGCUCCGCUGUAAUUCUUUACAUUGACUUUUUUCCCUUUCUUCAGGCAAGUUGCUAGGUUCCUUACUGGUGUGGGUAUGUGAGAAACCUCUUCUUGUUUUUGGGGUGUCACUAGCAUGCGAAAAAACCCCCUUAAAAAACCCACAAAGCCAUGAAAAUUGUUGAGGACAACCAACCAUAAAAAGAAAACAAGUUAUUAAAAGAAAAGAAGAAAAAAUUGCAAGACACCUGGAUUUACCUGUUAUUAAUUACAAUUAUUAAUUAAUUUAUUAUUAUUCAUUGUUUUGAUCCAGAGACUUCAUUAUUAUUAUUAUUAUUAUUAUUAUUAUUAUUAUUAUUAUUAUUAUUAUUAUUAUUAUAAGUAUUGUUUGUUAAUGAAAAUUACUCAAAACGGCAGAACGUUUUUUAAAUGUGAGCAAAUAUUUUUGACCAAAAGGAAAAAUAACAACAACAACAACAAUAAUAAUAAUAAUAAUGAUAAAUAAAUUAAAUUAAAUUUAUAUAUAUAAAAAAAAAUAGAUUUAAAUUUGCUUCCCCCUGGCUAUCUAGUCUGUCGAGACAAUUUGCUACUGUGAUUUGAAACUGAAAACUCUCACCUUGGCAACAUAACGAAUUUCUUCUCGUUAAAAUUUUGUUGACUAUAUAUGCAUAAAUCACACACACACACAUGCAUACAUAUAUAUAUAUAUACACACACAUGUAUGUAUAAUUUUUACAAGGAAAAGGUUGAUAGUGACACACUCACAUAUAUAUGAACAUAUAUAGGCUCUCUCCAAAUUGUAAAUUUUCACCCAAUUCUUUCAAAAUAACAUCCAGGGACUAGGUUUUUUUUUUAGGGGUCUUCUUAAAAACAUUGAAUUGAAAUCCUGCCACUGGGGAGAUAAAAAAAAAUAGGGGUCCAAUUUGCCUUUUUCCAUUCCAUCAACUGCAGGGAUUGCUGGUCUUUUGAUAUUUAAAUGAGUACCAGUGGUAUGCUAGGUUUGAUUUAAGUGACAAACCUCACAUCUAUCUAUCUAUCUAUCUAUCUAUCUAUCUAUCUAUCUAUCUGUCUCUAUCUAUCUAUCUGUCUCUGUCUAUCUAUCUAUCUAUCUAUCUAUCUAUCUAUCUAUCUAUCUAUCUAUCUAUCUAUCUAUUAUUCACCUAUCUAUCUAUUUUACUAGAUUCAAUGAAAAAAUAGUAAAAAAAAAAAAAAAUUCAUUUGUUAAAAUUUCAAAACAAAUUAUAAUUUAGAAUUAAGAUGUUGAUACGUAACCCAAGAUGGUUUUGGCAGGGAUAAAAGCUCGAAAAAUAGUAACAAACUGUUUGUGGUAACCAGGAAAAUAUCUAGUUUAAGAUUUUGAGUAGGGUUUCUGACACCAGGAACAGGGGUUAUUUAUUUUGUAAUUUUUUGUUGUCUUUUUUCCAUUUGUUAUUUACCUGGCCUUGAUUAACUAUCUACUCAACUUGAUUUAUACUUUAUCUACCUGGUUGCCUAUCUAGCUACCUAGAUAAUUAGCUACUUAACUCUCUAGUUAGCUGCCUAAUUAGUUGUCAGAAUACUCACUCAUCCGCCUACCUACCUGUCUACUUGCCUACCUACCUACCUACCUACCCACCUAUUCCUAUGUAUGAACAUAGCUACUUACCUAUCUAGCUAGUUGCCAAUCUGUCUACAUAGUCACCUACCUACCAACUUAACCAGUUACCAAUUUAGUUAGUUGGCUAUUUAUAUAGCCUACACACCCUUCUUCCAACCUGUAUAUCUAUAUAUUUGGUUACCAAUCUAACCGCCAGUCUACCUAGCUAGCUACCUUUCUAGUUACCAAUCUAGCUCACUAUAUUAGCUAUUGUCCUACCUAUUACUGAUUUAGCUUCAUUCGACCUGUCUAUCUACCUAUCCACAACCUACCUACAGACCUUGCUACCUGCCUGCCUGCCUAUCUGCCCACCUAUAUAUCAAUCUUCCGAGCUAGCUGAUGUUGACCGACAAUAAUGAGUUUUCUUGCGACGUUCGGCAAACUUCAUCCGAAACCGAAGGCGACGUUUGAGUGUAAAUUCUGUGAGAAGUCCUUCUCGCAGCCUGUGUACCUGAAGACACAUAUCCGAAGCCAUACAGGUGAGAAACGCUACCACUGCAACGACUGCGAUGAGACGUUUGAGCAGUACAGGGCACUGGUGUCCCACAAGAAGACCCACCGCUCGUUCACGUGCGAGCUGUGUGGGAAAAGUGUAGCCAGUGAGGCUCGGCUCAACGACCAUCUGAAAUCGCACACCGGCCAGAAACUGGAAUGUUACACCUGCAAGCAGCUGUUCACCAGUGUCAACCUGCUUGGGUUGCAUCUGCAGAGCCAUGCGAAGGACGCAUCUCCGCUGCACCAGUCCGACGGUGGCGGGGACAGCAACAACAACAACAAAAGCAGUAGCGAUGGUCGCGGGGAUGCUGCUAUGACAACGGGCGAUGAUGUGGACCCGUCCAACGAAAACGUUACCUUCGACAACAGCCUGGCGAUCUCGUCCAUCGUCGACGAUUCCAGCCAUACCUCGAAGUCGAGCAAGUCUAGUCGAAGUGGGGGGAGCAACAGCAGCAGUAACCACAACACUGAGUGCGAGGUGUGCCACAAGAAGUUCUCAUGUGCCUCUAGCUUGACCAAACACAUGAACAUUCAUACAAAGAAGCGGUCGUUCCAGUGCAACUUCUGCGCCAAGUCCUUCCUCCACUCGUUCACCCUCACCCGGCAUUUGCGCAUCCACACGGGUGAGAAGCCGUAUAAGUGCAACUAUUGCGAGCAGCACUUCGCUGACGCAAGCACGCGCAACCGGCAUGCCAAGAUACACCGAGGGUUACUCGGCAAUGCAAUCUCAGCCAUCACAGCCACAGCCCUCACCACCUCCGUCGACAGCAGCUUGGACGCCUGGAGCCAGCCGUACUACGGCGACGCGUACAGCUUUGGCGGGAUGGACUCCGACCUCCACUCGGGUGGCAGCGAAUACUCCGGUCGAUCCCGAUCUCGGAACCAGGCGUCGCACAUGGCUGGUCAUUUGUCCGGCUCAGGCAAGGCCAACAGUAACUACCCAAACUCCGUCCAGUACCCGGGCUCUGACACCUCCCACUCUACAAAGCUGAACUCUUCCUCCCCGUCAUCGCCGUCAUCAUCAUUAUUACUACCGUCGUUGUCUUCGUCAGUUUUUCCAUCCUUCUACGCCUCAUUCCACUCUUCGACCAGCAACAGCAAUGGCAACAACAACACGUCCACCCCCGUCCCCUCGGCUGUCUCUGCGGAGAACUCCGGUUCCGACGCCAACGACGACGACAUGCAGCCGGUGUUACAGAUUCUCUCGGCCAAUCAGGACCAUUGUUUCAUCAUGAACUCGGAUUGCUCAAAGGAGUUUGACGUCAUGAACGAUCUGUAGCUGGGGGCUGUGGUGGUGGUGGCGGCGGCGACGAUGGUGGCGGCGACGGUGGUGGCGGUAGUGGUGGUGGUGGUGGUAGGAAGGGCGACAGGGCAGGGCAGAGCUGAGGCUAAGAAGGGCGCAGGGUUAAUCAGGAGGGUGAGUAGAUGAGUGGGGGUGUUCGGGUGAUUGUGGAUUCGGGUGGCAGGCUUAGUGAACGGGUGGAUAUGGAGGAGGGGAAGGAAAGGAAAAGAAGAGAACUGAUCUGGAAAUAGGUGGGGAUAAUGGGAUCUUUACUGGCAUGGAUGGUUAAGGGCUCCCGUGGCGCAUUUGUGCAGAUUAUUGCGUGGUGUGGAACGGUAUGGGGGACACAGCAACUGCGUAGUAUGGUGAGGUUAUAGGAACAUUUGUAGGGCGUGCAGUGAUAUCAUGGUGUGGUGUGAUGCUGGGAAGAAAUUAAGGGUGUGUGGGUGGCACUGGGGUACUGUAAUACAGUGUCGGUUACCAUACCUCGAGUGUGAAACUCUAGUAUGGUGUGAUGAGGUCUUGGGAUCAAAUGAGAGGUGUGCAGGAUUAGCAUGGUAUAGUUGCUGGGUUACUGUAUCUGGGGUGUCAUGCAGCCUUGGGGAUCAAAUCAGGGGUGUGCAGUGAUAGUGUGGUUUUGUGUUGUGUGUUGGUUACUGUAUCUGGGGUGUGGUGCAGCCUUGGGAUCAAAUGAGGGACAUACAGCAGUAGCAUAGUGGUUAGGGUAUUCAGCUCACGAUCGUAACGUCAUGAGUUCAAUUCCUGGCAAGGCAUUAUGUCCUUGAGUAAUCCACUUUAUUUCCUGUUGCUCCAGUCCCCUCAGAUGGCA